UUUUGAAAGAACGUAAUGUAGAGGUUUUCCUAAGUUUGUGAAACCAAAUGAUAAAUUUUAUCAAACAAUGACACAUUUAUCUGCCUUAUUAUUUGAUUAAGAUGUGACACUAUCUUAAUGAUAUAGAGAAAUUGUUUACAUUUUAAAGAAUGGACUUCUUACUAAAUUAAGGAAAUUAGGUCAACCAAUCAGACAGCUGGUCUCAAAACUAAAUUCUCCUGGUAACAAGAUUUUAUGUGAAGGUUGUUGUGGAGAAGCAUAUUAUUCAGAUUCUACCAAUACCUAAGGCAAAUAUUAGAGACACAAUCACAGAAUCCUCAAAUUACAGGAGGAACGAUGACAGCUGGUUCAAUUGCCGUACCAACCAUUGUGCCAUUGCGGGCACCCAUACCAGGCCAACAUAAGACUGCUAUAGACAGUAAUACGAGGAUAGAAAUAGCAUCAGAAACGCAUGGAGUGACUGUGUUCUACACAACAAAUGGUUCAAAACCGGAACCCUUCCAGAAGGUUGGACCCAGGAACACUUACAAAUACAGGGAACCAUUCACUCUUCCUGGGGGAAAGCGCAUCGUCAAAGCGGUGGCAGUUGAGAAUGAUGGCCUGCGUGAAAGCAACAUUGUCACUAAGACAUUUGAAGUGGAAUACAUAGAGCCAGACCCCCCGCCCAGAGUAGAUGAUGAACAUGGAUUUGUCAAUGAACUCAACAGAGAACGAAGGAAAGGGAAGCGUGGUACAGAUAAGUCCCUAAUGUCCCAGUUAUUGACUGCAAAGGAAGCUUGGGAAGAUGUACAGAAUCAUAAGGAAAUGGAGAAUAGAAUGGCUGAAAUGAAGGUGAAUGGAAGCAACAGACAUAGACCAACUAACAAGGCCAGGUUUACUCAGUCAAGACUUGGCUAUCCUGAUGCCUCAGACAAGGCCACCGUGGGACAACAUAGUAUCCGUGACAAUAUGACAGUGAAUGGAGCUACAGAUCUUGACCACUUAGACUACCCUGAGAGAAGACGUCCCCCAGACUCAGCUACUCAGGCACUAAGACUGCAGCGGGAAACUGAUUUCUUAAAAUGUAUAUACUGCUAUGCUCCCAGACCAGCUGAUCCCUAUGCCAGGUUCUGCAAUGAAUGUGGGAGUCCCAUACCUCCUCUGCCACAAACUAGACUACCCCCUCCUGAGGCAGGUCAGAUGGGUAUGUGUGUCUUCUGUAAAUCAAUGGUGCCUUUCAACACCCCUCAGUGUCUCAUAUGUGAGGCCCCAAUUCCUGCCCAGAACCAGCCACAGGCCAGCAUCAAGCUCGAUGAUAAACUCCUGUGUGUUGUCUGUGGAACCGCAAAUCCAUCCAACCUUGUCACGUGUGUGACCUGUGAAUCAAAACUACCUACCCAAGCCAAACCAAUCUUCAGCGGCCAAUCAGCACCUCCGAUGCCAAGUCAAGAUGGCCGCCUUCUAACGUGCACAAAAUGUCGUCGGGUAAACAAUAGUGAUGCACGGUACUGUGAUUGGUGUGGAGCUAAGCCUAAAGAGAAGCCUAGUCCAGCUGCCCGACACUUGAUCUGUUCAAAGUGUAAAGCAAGCAAUGGGCCAUAUGCACAGUUCUGUGGGACAUGUGGGGUGAUUCUUGAGCCCCCUAGACGUAUAGACCCCCGCAACAGUGGAAUGGCAGUCAACAUGGCAGGAGAUGGUAAGGUUGAUGCACAGUGGCUGCCCGUGACUGUCACACUACCACAAGACAUUCCUCGUUGUGACACAUCCACACAGACUGUAGGAUUGUUUUUCCCAUCUGGGCGAGAAAUCACAAAGCGUGAAGUUGAGGAGGAAGAAAGAUUAGCCCAAGAAAAAUUAGCAAGAGAUAGAAAACCUUUAUUGACAUCUGUUAGUCCUGGUAAAGGAUACUGGCGCAAACAGAUGGAGCACAUAUGUACGCACUUGAAGGCGCAUGCUCAGAAUGAUGCUGAGUUUAGAGCUCUUGUAGGUGAACCAAGGAUGGGAAAGCUACUGACGACAGCAGUACAUGAAGACGGGUACGAACUCAGCCUCACUGUGAACUUUGCCCUGCGUGGAAAUCAGGAUCCCUUCAAAGGCAAAAACCUUGGCAUGAGCAAGGGAGAAUAUCUCAGUGCAUAUACAGAAGGGAGGAGAGGUAGUGUAGGCAGUUUUGCCAGUAUGGAUAGCUUAGCAAGUGAAGAAAACAGUCCCAACAAGAAAACCAAAAAGAAAGUGAAGAAAGUGAAAAAGAAGGUGGAAGAUAAACAAUCUCCUGAUGACAAACGUUUACUAAAAGAGGUAGGAAAGAACGGGGAAGGUAGUCCAGAGGAGGUGCAGCAACUUAUAGAUGAGGGAGCGGAUCCUAACUGUACCAAUAAGAAUGGUGUCCCAGUGCUCCAUGUAGCUGUAAUGAACAAGCAUAUUGAUGCCAUUCCAGUCAUAGUACAAGCAGGAGCUGAUGUAAACACAAAGGGCCCAAAUAGAGGUAACAGUGCCCUCCACGAGGCUGUCACACUGGGCCAUGAUGGUAGAGAUGUCAUUGAUACAUUACUUGGAUGUGGCGCCAGUCUGAAGAAAAAGAAUGAGAAAGGGGAGACAGCGUAUGAUCUCGCUAGCAAAGCAGGACAUGACUCUAUAAUCAAACAGCUGGCCUCAAAUAUGGGACAAAGUGCACUGGAUAAAAUGAUAGCUCCUAAAUCUCACGAGAUAGAGACAUUCUAAGUAUACAAACCAUACACUGUUAGGUUUAUACUCAAUAAAAUGGGAUCAUCAAACUGGAGUUAUAGCCUGAGGGAAUUAGGGA